UAUGACAAACAAGUGUUAAAAUGAGUUCUUUGCUCUUUGAAAUUAAAUUAAAACGCGAAAAUAAAGUGUAUUAUGAAAAUGACAUGCUGCUGGGCUGCGUGCAGUUUCAGUGCGCGCAGGAGACGAAACAUGAAGGAAUCAUGCUAUAUUUGGAGGGAAUCGUUAAUCUCCAGCUCAGCAGCAAGACAGUCGGAUUGUUCGACGCCUUCUACAACUCCGUGAAGCCCAUCAAUCUCCUGCAGAACAGUUUGGAGCUAUCUGCGCCGGGAAAGCUGAGCGCCGGUCGCUCGGAAUUCCACUUCGAGCUUCCAUUGGUUUGCAAAAAGGAACCAAAGAUGCUGUACGAAACCUAUCACGGCGUCUUCAUCAAUGUCAACUAUCAGCUGAACUGCACUUUAAAACGGAAUUUUCUGGGCAAGUCCAUGACAAGAAUCCAACAGUUUUGCGUACAAUAUAAGCCGGUGGCCCUCGGCGAGGACUCUUUAAAGGCAGUGCCUUUCAGUCUGAGUCCAGAUUCGUUGCAAAAGAAUGCCACCGCCAAAGAGAGAUUAUCUAUGCCGCGGUUCCUUAUCACAGGCCGCCUGGAUCGAAGUGAAUUCUGUGUGACAACCCCACUAACCGGUAGCAUCACGGUGCAGCAUACGGAGGCGGCAAUUAAAUCCAUUGAAAUGCAAUUGGUUCGCGUGGAGACGUGCGGUUGCGAUGAGGGCUACUCAAAGGAUGCUACCGAAAUCCAAACAAUACAAAUAGCUGAUGGCAAUGUACUGCCCAAGCUGGAGUUGCCCAUCUAUAUGGUUCUGCCCAGAUUGUUUACAUGUCCCACGCUGCUCACCAAGAACUUUAAGAUCGAGUUUGAACUGAAUCUAGUGGUUGUCUUUAAGGAGGACUAUACGGUGAGUGAGAACUUCAAAAUAGUCUUGAAACGUUCAGUGGGUCCGUUUUCUACUAAAAUUAAUACAGCAGGCCGUUAAAGUAAAUUCCAAUCAUAGUUGGCAGCUACAUUUUUUACAUAUUGCAAUUAAUAAUGAGUAAUCUCAGAAUCCUCGAAAAUAGGCAACUUAACGUACUAUUUAAAUUAACAAAAAAAAAACCUUAAACUUAACUGAAGUUUGUAAAACUCCACAAUAAACU